CGUCAUCACGUAUCACCACCAUCACCAAAUACUCCUUCAGAGCGAUCAGCCGAUCGGUUUCUGCGCAUCUUGCACACAGCCAUCGGUCUAGCUGCGCAGAGAACAUCUCUUGCCGUCAUCCAAGAGGGCUCAAGCGCUUGCGAUCUCUCGCCUCUGACAUCUGAUCGCCCGAGUCGACCUUCGGGCUGUCUUCCUUCCCCUGCACUUCACUUUCCUCUUUGAUCUCGGCGCGGACCUCCCAGGACGGUCAAGAUCCGAGCAAAGGAGCAGAAAGAGGACGAUCUUAUCACCCUUGAUUGCUUCAUUUCUCGACGAAGCUUUUCACAUUAGACGUGUUUUGAGCGCGGGGAUCCCAUGACAAGCGCGUCGCGGGCCAUGUCGGCCAUUCCCAACGAGGAGCUCCCAAUUCUCGAGUCGCUCAUCAGCAUUCGAAAUCGUUUGACAGCUCUGAAAAAGGACAGUUCGGACUACAUCAGACCGCAAGAUGUCCAGCAGCUCUACCAGGCCGUCAUCAAGCAGGUUACCCGGCUAAACACGGUUCGAGAUGAGCUGGCGGCGUCGGAAGCCUCGACUUCCAAUGACGGCUCGAGGCCAAGCCGACCAGGUGCUGAACCCAACGGCGAGGUUGACACGGCAGCCUUGACGGCGACGAACAGGGUCGACACCACACUCAUGGAUGUCUUUUCCCUUCUGAGUCUCUUCUUCCUUACCAUUGGCAAGAGCAGAGAGACGCCAGCGACCUUUAGCCAGUUGGGCUGCAUGAAGCAACUGCUGGACCAUCUGGCUGAGAGUGGCAUUUACACCGAGGCGGACCUGCAACCGUUUGCCAAACGACUGGCCGAGCUCAAGGCGAUUGUCAAGCGAGACGCAGACGCAGGAAAGCACCCCCCGCAGCUCACUAAGCUCAUGAUGCGCAAACUAGAAGGAUGCGGCAAGGUGCUCAGAACGCUAGAGGGCACACUGUCGGUGUUGAGCGUCGAGCUCGUCCCCAUCCACCAGAGGCUCGUCUCGGUGCGAAGACAGAUUGUGGCGGCAGCUGCGAAACCGAAACCUGCGCGGGCUGAGAUCAAGAUGCUCCAGGAAGAGCUCCGCAAGAUUGACUCGAAGCGCGUUGACGGCAAGUUCCUCGGACCCGGCGGCUCGUCUGUGCCUGCUGGCCAAGCCAUCCUCGUGGGCAUCCUCGAGGACUGCUUUGAAAUCGUCCAUGAUGCCAACGUGCGCAACGACGAGGUGCCCAUGACGCUGCAGCCCAUCUAUGACCGCCUGUCCGAGAUCAAGUCGCAGCUCGAGCACCUCGUUCUUACUCACCGGUGGACGCUGCGAGAGACGGACCUGUGGAAUUACCAGGUGACGCUCAAGGAGAUCGAUCGGCUACGCGUCGACGGCAAGUUUGUCGACAGCGAAGGAAAGCAGCCUGAGGGCCAACUCGUGCUCCUCUACCUCCUUCGACGGUGCUACGGCCUCAUCUACCGCCUCGUCGCCUCGUCUGAGCCAAUCUCCGAGGAGCUGAUGCCCAUCAGCAACAAGCUCUCGACGGUGUCCAAAUGCCUCAAGGAGGUCUCAAAAUACGGAGGGCCAUUCACGAUGAGGGACCUCUACCCGUACCGGCUGGCACUGCACCAGAUCGAUGGCAUGCGGACACCUGUGCGCGACAAGGACGGCAAGGAGACUGGCGAGCGAAAGUGGCUCGGCAGGGACGGGAGCGUGCCUGAGGGUCAGGCCAUCCUCCGCGCUCAGUACGAGGAGGUGGAGCAGACGAUCACCGAGAUGCUCAACCGCGAAGAUGAUGACGACGAGGACGAAGAUGGGGACGCCGUCGAUGAGGAAGAGUGGGAGGGCUCAGAGGUCGAUAGCGAGGUCGAGAGCGUCGCUUCAAGCGCCGCGGCCAGCGGUGCCAGUCCGGGCCUGAUCGACAGGAGCUUCCCAGGAAGCCCAGCCAUCGAAGAGGGGUCAGGACAGCAGCGCACCUACGAGCUUGGCGCCACGGCGAGCCCUCAGCAUGGUUCCAACAAGCCGAUGUUGAAUGCAGCAGUCGUACCGUCUCACAUCAUCAGGUCGUCAGAGAGCGAAUUGACACCUACUGCGACGCGGUUCAAGGGCAGUGCCGCCAGCGGCAGCAGCGUUGCGUCGUCUGAUCCGACGACUGCACCGACGACUGUGCACUCGACCUUUAACGAUUCUCCCACCAGAUCCAACCUUCCACCCGGUGCUGUGACAGUGGCAGUCCCUGGAUCCGUCGCACCGCCAGCGCCUGGACGGACGCCAGUCAUUCCCACGCUCACUGCCAGACCAGGUGAGCCGGCAGUCGAGCGAAUCCUCGAUGGCGUGCCCCAGUCGGCGCUCCACACCUCCAUGACCUCUAGCGAGGUCAGCUCGCCGGCCAUCAGCAGCACGGGGGCGAGCCUCCACAGCUCGCCAGGUCAAGGCCCAGUCGCAGGCAGUGGAAAGGUUGAACAGGUUUCCAGCAUUGAUGCUCUGGCCGCCCACGUUGCUGGCGAUCUCAAGCUGGGUGGACAGUAAGGGGGCGGGCUCGUCGUAUAUUCCUUUGCCUGUCCCCCUCCUCGUGUAUGAUGAAACCUUCCCCACUCCCUUUCUUCACCCCUCUGUAACUAUAACAUGAAAGAGAUUCUGCUUGCUCAUGUGCGUGGUCCUUUGCAAGGUAAUAAAGAGUACACUCUAGUUGUUGGGCUUGUCGCCAACACCGGAUCCCGUGUCGGGGCAAGCCUGUUCGGCCAGCUCGCCAGCCUUGCUCAAGAGGCCAUCCUGGUUGCCUCCCUUGCCCUCCUGCUGCAGCUUCUGCGCCUCGGCCGCGGCCGUCUUGAUCCACUCGGCGCCCUGCUCCU